CAGAGUUCAGACGUGUUGUCGUCUCUGCGGCUGAUGUGACAUCUGCGUGUCAAUAUUUGAGCUGUGGUUAACCAUCAAUCCGUCAGCUGCUCCUCCAUCCUCCAUUUUGCCCGCAGCCGUCGGACAGACAUGCUGCCGUCCACAGCCGUGACUCUGAGCGUUGGCGCUCUGCUCGUCUGCUCUGCGCUCAUCCAGUGUUCAGUGUUCUUGGAUCGGUCGGCGGCCGGCCAGAUCCUGCGCUCCUCCUCCAGGAGGCGACGAGCCAACUCGCAUUUCCUGGAGGAGAUGCUGCCCGGGAACCUGGAGCGGGAGUGUUACGAGGAGCGCUGCUCACUGGAGGAGGCCACAGAGAUCUUCCAGACCCAGGAGAAGACGAUGGAGUUUUGGUACAGAUACACAAAUCUGAACCCCUGUGGGACCAACCCCUGUCUGAACGGAGGCAUGUGCACCCUGGACCGAGGAGACUUCACGUGUCUUUGUCCUCCCCAGUAUCAGGGCAAGAUCUGCAACACAGUGUUGGAGUGCCACUAUAGAAAUGGUGGCUGUAUGCAGUACUGCAGAGACCUGGCAGGUGGCGCUGGAGUUCAGUGUGGCUGUGCUGACGGAUACUUCCUAGAGAGUGACAGACAGAGCUGCUCCAAGACCGUGGCGUUCCCCUGCGGCCGUCAGCAGAUGGAGGCUUUGGAUCGAGGUCGCUCUCUGCUGAGUUCCUUGGAGACAGACGAUGCCACGUGGGAUUACAAUGCAACAGACAGCUGGCUACCUGAACUUAAUUCAACAGAGGUGUGGACAGCGAACGCAACAGGGAGAGGAGGGAACCUGACGGACAGUGGAGGGGCAGGAGGUAGCGAGAUGCAGCCUCGUGUUGUGGGUGGAUCCCUGGAGAGGAGAGGAGGGAGCCCCUGGCAGGUUCUGAUCCACAGGUCUGACGGCUUCGGUUUCUGCGGAGGGACUCUGGUAUCUGACCGAUGGGUCGUUUCUGCCGCUCACUGCUUUGAAGAGUCUGCAGACCACAUUACGAUAGGUGACUACGACAAGCAGCGUCCCGAUCCAGGCGAGCAGCAGAUAAAGAUCCAGAAGGUCAUCAUUCAUCCUCACUUCCACGCCUUCACCUUCGACAGCGACCUCGCUCUGCUCUAUCUCGCCCGGCCUGUUCAGAAGGGCCCCACCGCAGUCCCCGCCUGCCUCCCCGACACCCACCUCUCCAAAUACCUGCUGAAGGAGGACAACCACGGCGUGGUGACGGGCUGGGGGGCCACCGAGUACCUGGGCCGCUCCUCGAGGUUCCUGAGGAAGGUGACACUCCCAGUGGUCGGCUACAAAGACUGCAUCAGCACCACCGAGCAGGUGAUCACAGACAACAUGUACUGCGCAGGUUACCUGGAGGCCAGUAAGGACGCCUGCAGCGGGGACAGCGGAGGGCCGUUUGUGGUGAACUACAGGGGGACCUGGUUCCUGACCGGGGUCGUCAGCUGGGGGGAGAAAUGUGCCGCCCGUGGCAAGUACGGUGUCUACACCCGACUGGGCAACUUCCUCAACUGGAUCCGAGACACAAUGGAGAGACGGGACGUGAACGGCACUGGGAGCCCGUGAAGCCCCGAGAGCCAAGCGUGCCCGGUUUCAUGUGAGGGGAUUAUGGGAUACCGAGUGAGCUGCAACCACCUUCAAACCGACUCUGAACACUGCUGCCACACUGACGCCAUAAAGGGAUCUGCUGCAGUAAUAGUACAGCGAGUAUGCAUAGUGAGUACUUUAAUACCACAGAGGAAGCAUCACCCUGAGAUUUAAAGCAAUGCUGUGAAGGAGCAUGCAGUAAAUCUGUUGCUGUGUUUGUCUAUGAAUAAAUGUCAAGGAGCAAAAUUCACCAAAUAAACAACGUGUGUAAGCUUC